UGUAAAUUUGUUGUUGAGCGUGAGCAGACGUGUCGCGGAAGCGUUAUUAAAAGAAAAAUAGAGAAGCACUAGCGCUGCAUAAUAUGUUAAUAAGUUAGUUAAAUACCGCAACCAACAAUAAAAGCGCAUACGUUUGGAAACUCGUUGAUUAGUGUAGAAAAGUCUGUUCAGUGGAAAUAAAUGCAAGUGCAAGAAAAUUUUCGCAACGCUUUGACACGCUGCCAAAAAAGUAUUUAAAGUGAGCGCAAAGAAAUCUGCCAACAGCAUAUUUUUACAUUCUCGCUUCAUAUCCACUUUCGUGCAUCGCGCGUUUGUUUGAGAGUGCGUGUGUGUGUGUGUGAAGUAUAGCAAUAUAAAAAAAGACUGCAAAAAUAACGCCGCAUCGUUUUGCUGCUGUACCAAAUAAAAUAAAAACUUUCAACACUACUGCUAUUCAAAGUAUCCGUAGUUGUUGUUGUUGUUGUUGUUGGGGCGUGUGUGCAAAUUGUGUUGGUUGAAUGUCGCAGAAACACCAGCAAGCCUAUCAACCGCUACCAACUGCCGUAGCCGCCAUGGACAAUCCGGCAAUGAGCAACAGCAGCAGCAGCAGUGGGAGCAACGACGAUGUAGCCGGUCUAGCACCCAGCGGCUUACCUGCCACAUAUUCAUCACAACAAUUAGUGUCGUCAGAUUCCGAUUCAAUGGAGGAACGCCAACGAUUACGUGGCGGUGAUAAUAUUAUUAUUAAUGCCCCAGAGGGAAGACCAUCGUGCCUUAGAUCCAUUGGUCACUCGCAAUGGUUUACCGUUGGAGUGCUCUGCUUUGUCAAUUUAAUAAACUACAUGGAUCGUUUUACAAUUGCGGGCGUGCUCGUGGACGUGCAGUCAGACUUCAAUAUCGAUAACGAUAGUGCGGGCUUGUUGCAAACAGCUUUCGUCAUCUCGUAUAUGAUAUGUGCGCCAGUAUUUGGCUAUUUGGGUGAUCGAUACUCGCGCCGCUGGAUUAUGGCGGUGGGAGUGUUCCUCUGGUCAACGACCACAUUGCUUGGCUCGUUUAUGCAUCAAUUUGGUUGGUUUAUCACAUUUCGUGCCUUGGUUGGCAUUGGUGAGGCAUCAUACAGCACCAUUGCGCCAACGAUAAUCUCGGACUUAUUUGUCAACGAUAUGCGAUCCAAAAUGCUGGCAAUGUUUUACUUUGCCAUACCCGUGGGCUCUGGACUGGGUUAUAUUGUGGGUUCAAAGACGGCGCAUUUUGCCAACAAUUGGCGCUGGGCGCUGCGUGUGACGCCCGUUUUGGGUAUUGCGGCUGUGGUGCUGAUACUGAUGCUGAAGGAUCCGAAGCGUGGCCAGAGCGAGGGCGCAACGAAUGUGGUGGCCACCAGCUAUUGCGAGGAUAUUAAGGAUCUGUUGAGAAAUCGCUCGUUUAUGCUUUCAACUGCGGGCUUCACCUGUGUGGCCUUUGUGGCAGGUGCGCUGGCCUGGUGGGGACCCACUUUCAUUCACGCCGGCAUGAAGAUGCAGCCGGGCAAUGAGAAUCUGGAUCAGGAUGAAGUUGCCUUUAAGUUUGGCGUAAUUACCAUGAUUGCUGGUCUAAUUGGCGUGCCACUGGGCGCGAUUUUAUCACAAUAUAUCGUCAAGCGUUUACCGACCGCCGAUCCCGUUAUAUGCGCUUUUGGCCUGCUGCUUAGUGCGCCGCUUCUAACUGGCGCUUGUUUGCUCGUCUCUAGCAAUUCACUUGGCACCUAUUUCUUAAUAUUCUUUGGCCAAUUAGCUUUAAAUUUAAACUGGGCAAUUGUUGCGGAUAUACUGCUGUAUGUGGUAGUGCCGGCGCGACGCUCAACAGCCGAAGCUUUCCAAAUUCUCAUCUCACAUGCGCUGGGAGAUGCCGGCAGUCCGUACCUGGUGGGCGCAAUUUCUGUCGCUAUUAAGAAUCAUCUGCGUCUAAGCAGAAGCGAUGAAAGCAGCAGCAAUAAAAGUCUGGAGAGUCUCUCACUAACACUGGGAAAUGCCACAGAAUCUGUGAUGGAAGCAUUCAAUUCCACAGCAAUAAAUAACACGAGCACGGAUAUGCCACUAAGGGAUUUGAGUCAGAAAGCGGAAGAUUCUAUAUCCUUUGAAGCCCUGCAAUAUUCGCUAUUCUCCACUACUUUUGUGGAGGUGCUGGGUGGCAUAUUCUUCUUGAUCACCGCCUGCUUUAUACUCAAGGACAAGUUCAAGGCCACACGUGCCACUUUAGCGCACAAUUUGAAUUUGGCGCCAACAACACAAAAUAAAAAUAAUGAUAUAUUUGAUUCGGAUUGCCUGGUCAUGUGCACCGAUAUUGCUUUGCGUGAGCGGGAGCUUGCGUGAAUAUAUCUCAGCAAUCAGAAUGCAUUAAUUUAAUGCGAUGUUCGAAUCGAAUUAAUUAGUUGUUUAGCUAUUUUGGCCAAGCAGUUUCUUUGCAUAGAAGCCAAUGCUGCAUAUGCGCGUCAACGGGAGCGGACAGACAAUAGAUCAGAAGCCUAAUAUCAGCCCAUACGCGAAAUUUUACUGCGAUCCCAGGCCAAUCGUGUUUUGGAUGAACUAAUACUGACUGAAAAUCAUCUUUAAAUUAAUUUAUAUCACACAACCAAAACAUACAUGCAUACUUAUACAUAACUAUAUGCAUGUAUUCGAUAUUUUGUCUUAUUGUUCUUAAGUUGCAAAUGCGCUUGAAAUUGUUUUUUUUUAUUAAUGGAAGCGCGCGUGUUCCUAUCGGAUCAAAUGUACAAUUGCAUAUUCAUUUGUAUAUAUACAAAUACAUGAUACGUACUAAAGUAGAUAGUCUAUAAUGUCUAUAUCAUAAAAACAAUCACGAGUCAUAUGUUCAUGUAAAAAAACCAUUAUUUUAGCCAAGACAAAAGCAAUCAAAAGUGUGUGAGAGCAUGUUCCAUACUAGAUCCUCUAAAAAGUGCUUUUCUUUUAUAAAUAGUUAAAUAGAUUUUAGUCUAAGCUAUGGUUAAUUGUAAAUAGUAACGCAAAGAAUUGGAAUUUAGUUUAAAUGUUUGUUUAUCUCAGGCAUAACGCAUGAAAUGUUUUAAUGGGGUUUACAAUUUGUAUAUAUAGUAGCACCCGGCCAUAAGUAAUAAGCACAUAGUCUCUGAAUAUUAAAAGAUAGAUAUCUAGAUAUCUUAAUUAAGAUUAAUUAUUUAGGUAUAUAUAAAUAUACACCAUUAUCUUA